AUGUCCACAAACCCCGACCUCUACAACAAGGGCCUCGAGACCCGCAAGGCGGUCCUGGGCAACGAACAUGUCGCCCGCUCCAUCUCUAAUGCAAGCGAGUUCUCCCGCCCCAUGCAAGAGGUCGUCACCGAAUGGGCCUGGGGCAACAUCUGGAACCGCCCCGGGCUGGACCGCAAGCAGCGCAGUCUCCUGAACAUCGGGAUGCUGAUGGCGCUGAACCGCACGCCCGAGCUGGCGGUGCAUGUGCGCGGAGCGGUCAACAAUGGGUUAUCGGAGGUUGAGAUCCGCGAGGCAAUCAUCCAUGCGACGGUGUAUUGUGGUGCGCCGGCUGGGAUGGAGGCGAUGCGGACGGCGGAGCGGGUGCUGAACGAGAUGGCAGAAAAGGGGGAGCAUCAGCGGGAGAUGAAGUGA